CUGACAGGUAGAUCACCUGCUCAUUGAAGCUGCAUCAGUUCAAACAUACUCGACGCAAACUGAAACUAAAGUAUCGAUAUCGCAGCACUGGUAUCAUUCGAUAUCAAUACCCACGCUGGGAUCGAUCCACCCACCUCUAGUACAUUCCUGAACACUCUUGGACAGAUACGCGCUGUGCAGCAUGCAAAACGCUGUUGCCCUGCCAUAACAAUGAGUGGACCAAAGAAAAGAAAAGUCGACGUGGAUUUCCACAUUGUCGACAACAACGAGGAACACCACACCGAUGAAGUCUCACAGGAGCGUCUGGUUGUGAGGCGUGGCCAAAACUUCAAAAUGACUCUGACUCUGAUGCAAUCUUUUGACCCAGAACAUCAACAGCUCGUCCUCACUGCAAAGACUGGAGGCCAACAUGCCUCAGAGGACAAGGGGACAUUGUCUCGCUUUGGCUAUCCAGACAACAUCAGGCGUUCAUCAUCAGCUAAGGCAAUGUGGAAGGUCGAGCUUCUGACAGGCUUCAGUCUUCCAAGCAAGACAGUCACUCUGUCCAUAACUCCCCCAGCCGAUGCCCCUGUGGGGGAGUACGAACUGUUUGGGAAACUUCAGGAUGAGGAAAAGUCACUGGGAAAACUGGUGGUGCUCUUCAACCCCUGGUGCUCCGAGGACUCUGUGCAUCUGUCUGAUGACCCGAAGAGACAGGAGUACAUUCUGAAUGAACAUGGCAUCAUCUUCAAAGGAAGCGACUACUACAUCUUCUCUGAAGACUGGGACUAUGGGCAGUUUGAGGAGAACAUGGUGGACAUUUGUUUGAAGAUUUUGGACCGCAACCACAAACAUGACAAGAACCCAGCUGAAGAUGUCGCUUCUCGCUCUGACCCCAUCUACGUCAGCCGUGUGAUCAGCGCCAUGAUCAACUCUCAGGAUGAUUCCGGUGUCUUGGAGGGACGCUGGUCAGGUCCAUAUAUGGGUGGGAAAAGACCCACUCACUGGACUGGCAGCUAUGCAAUCCUUAACAAGUGGCUUCAAAGUGACUGCACACCAGUCAAGUAUGGACAGUGCUGGGUGUUCGCUGGAGUCAUGUGCUCAGUGAUGCGUCUGCUGGGCAUCCCCUGCCGCGUGGUCACCAACUUCAAUUCAGCUCAUGAUGUCGACCUGAAUCUGAUCAUCGACACUUACACAGAUGAUGACGGAGUCAAUGAGGAGUAUACCCAGGACAGUAUUUGGAACUUCCAUGUCUGGACGGAGGGGUGGAUGAAGCGACCAGACCUGGGAAGCGACGGGGAAUAUGACGGCUGGCAAGUUGUGGAUCCAACACCACAGGAGUUGAGCGAUGGUGUGUUCUGCUGCGGCCCAGCUUCAGUCAAAGGCAUCUUAACUGGGCAUACUGAGUUUAAAUACGAUACUCCAUUUGUCUUUGCUGAGGUCAAUGCUGACUGCAUUAGCUGGAUGAUCACAGAGAGCGGUGAAAAGGUUCAAAUGGAGUCUGAUACCAAGAUGGUCGGGAAGAACAUCUCCACCAAGGCUGUUGGUGCCAAGGAAAGGGAGGACAUCACCAACACCUACAAGCCCGAAGAAGGGUCAGAAAAAGAGAGGGAGCGCUUUGAAUAUGCCACCACCAGAGACGAUUCCAAACUUGAUGACGAAACAGAUGAAGAAGAAGAAGAAAAAGAAGAAGAAGAAGAAGAAGAAGAAGAAGAAGAGGAAGUAAUAGAUACGGAAGCUGGAAGUGCAGAAACCGAUGGGGGAGCUGAAAGUGAAGGGAUGGAGGAGGAAACAACCCCACAACCUCCAUCACCAGUGACUAUUCGAUUCAAAGAGGUGUCCAGGCUGAUCAACGGUAAGGAUGUGAACCUGAAGCUGGUGCUGAACGGUAAGAGCAGCGAUGCCAGGUCACUGUCCAUCCACGUCUCCGUCCAGGCCAUGAACCACAACGGCAGAUCAACUGGAAAAAUCCUGUCUGAGCACAAAGAGGAGACGCUGCCGCCCCAAAAAGAUCUGUCCGUCCCCAUCCUGGUUCCGUUCUCGACCUACCAUAAACCCAUGGUGGAGAGCGAGAGCAUGAAGAUUUCAGUCGUGAUCACAGACAAAAAGAACGGAGAACACAAAUACCUGGCUACGCAUGAUGUUGUGCUGCUGAACCCUCAACUCUCCGUCACUGCUCCUGCUCAGGCCAGCCUGAAUACAUUGACCAGUGGAGAAGUGGUUUUUACAAACCCCAUCAAUGAAACUCUGACAAACUGCACUCUGACACUCUCCGGAUGCGGCCUUUUCAAAGAGGAGGUUGAAAAGAAGAUUGAAGAUCUGAAGCCGAACGACACGAUGUCUAUCAAGUUCGACUUUACUCCCUACAAGAAAGGAGAGAAAACUCUCACUGCUGACUUUGACUGUGACUCCUUCAGGGACAUCAAGGCUAUCUGCACUGUCAACGUCAUCGAAUAAAUUCUUGAAUCGCAAUUAUGUGCUCAGAAAUUAAAUGCUAGAUGCAAUUAUUUCAGUUUCGCCACAGUUAUUUACAUGCAAUGAUAUUUUUGUUGGCUUUUGAGACCCACUGUUGCGAGAUAUAAGAUAAAAUGUGGGUCUUUUCAGAAUUGGAGGACAUUUGGGCUUCAAAAUUUAAAAAAAUAAACCUUCUGUUUUACAAUUUUCUGCAACAUAUUCAUCAACAAUAGGUAAUAAACCAUCAAAGACUUGACUGGCUCAGCUUACGUAUCAAUGGUACCAUUUUUUUCAGUGUUUUGUUGUUUGCUAACCCUACUCUAAUCACAGUAGCAGUGUUGCUAAUCCAUACUCAUGUUAGCUUUUUCUCAGGUGUAGAAGCUGGAUGUUUAGCUAGCUUUUACUGCUGAGCAAGAGGACAAACUGACUGAUGGAAAAAAUAUAAAGAAAAAAGUAAAAAGAACUUCUCUUAUCCUGAUAAUGAAGUCGAGUGAGACAUUCAAUCAAGGCUGACAAUGUUAUGAAAAUAUGAAAAAUAGAAGAGAGGACAUAGCUUUGCUCUACCCAUUCUUUUGGAAAAAUGUUUGAUCAUGUUAAUUCCAGCGUAUCAUGCGAUUCACUGUUUUGUUCUUCUUCUACCAGCUGAAAAGGUUAUGCUAACAGAUAUUUCACUCACUCUCAAUAAAAGUCAUGGUGCUUUCA